CUUGUUGGCACUUUUCCGAAACCCGACCAACUUCUGAGUUCUGACCACUUCUCAGUUAUUAUUUAUUACCAAAAGUGAAAAGCCAGAAUUUCCCAUUUCUUCUUCUCUUUUCUUUUUCAACUUUCAACUAUACAAGGAAAAAAGUGAGAAAAAAGCAUUGAGGAUAAUAUUAUUAGUGUUAGCUUAAAAAAGAGUCGUAAUUUUCAGUUAUGUGAUUGAUUAUCAAGCUUAAAUUUUUACGAUUCGAUUUGGGGUACUGCAAAUUUCUACUGUGUUUCGUUCUUUUCUCCCGUGAUAGAAAUCUGAGAUUUGUAAAUUUUCUUCUUUUAGCAGCUUUUCCAAUCUGGGUACUGCAAAUUCCUACUAAAUCGUGCUCAAGAACCUUACUUGCGGAGAUCCUGAUUUAGCUCCCAGAGUUUGCUUAGUUUUGAUCAAAUUCUUGGCCUCCGAGCUUAUCUCAAGUUUGGUUAAAGUACUUCUUUGCAGAUCUCUGUUGUUCAGUUGCGUUAAAAGUGGUUUCUUUAAGAUUUUAAAAAUGAUGGAGAGAAAACGAGAAAUGGGGAUUGCUUAUUUCGCGCGUAGGAUUAAACAGCCACGAGGGAUUUGGGUGAAGAUGACGUUCAUAGUUGUUUUGGGUCUCUGCUUCGUCUUCUUCUGGUCCUUCUUAUCUUCCUCUGCUUCUACCUUUAAUGUCCAGAGAGAAAGCUUCGACGACAUAGCUGAGCCAGUGUCAUCUCGCACUAAGUCAGCUCAUGAGGUGUCUGAAUCUAGCAAAUUACAUGAGAGAGGUAAAGUUGAAUCUGGUUCGAAAUCUAAAGAGGGGAAAAAAGUUGGAGGUUCGUCUGUUCAUAAACAUGAAACCAAGAAAAAGAAAGAGCAUGCUGUGUCUCAUCCACAUAAGAAGAAGGAUGUGCCAAAGCCUGUGGUUGAAGAAGUUGUGGUUAAGGAGGAUCAAGAACAUGAAGAGGCGGAAUCUGACGAUUCUGAUCAGUCUAAUAAGGAAGAUGGAGAAGAAGGAACUGAGUCAGAUGGCAAUGAAGGAGAAUCUGAUGGAAAUGGAGAUGGAAGUGUGGAUGAUUCAAGUGCAUCAGUUGAUGAAGAAGUGGAAGAAAAGAAUGAGGAAGUAACUGUAAACGAGAUAAGUAAAAAGAGGAAGAGGAAAGGUCCGGUGUUUGAUCCUAAAGCUGAGUAUAGCUGGAGAUUGUGUAACACUAGGAGCAAGCACAAUUACAUGCCAUGUAUUGAUAAUGAUGGGUUAAUAGGGAGGCUUCAGAGUUAUAGACAUAGAGAGAGGAGUUGUCCUAAGAAACCAGUUAUGUGUCUUGUUCCUCUUCCACAUGAUGGCUAUGAUCCUCCUGUUUCCUGGCCUGAAAGCAAAUCUAAGAUAUUGUAUAAGAACGUGGCACAUCCGAAGUUGGCUGCGUAUAUUAAGAAGCAUAAUUGGGUGAAUGAAACCGGUGAAUACCUAUCUUUUCCACAGAACCAGACUACGUUCAACGGAAAUGUUCUACAGUACCUUGAAUUCAUUCAAGAGAUGGUACCAGAUAUUGAAUGGGGGAAGAAUGUUCGUAUAGUGUUGGACAUUGGAUGCUCAGAUUCAAGUUUUGUAGCUGCAUUGCUGGAUAAGGAUGUUUUGACGGUGUCUCUAGGUUUAAAGGACGAUCUAGUCGACUUAGCACAGGUCGCUCUUGAGCGCGGGUUUCCUACUUUUGUCAGCUCUUUAGCAAGUAGAAGACUUCCUUUUCCUAGUGGAGUCUUCGAUACCAUUCAUUGUGCUGCUUGCGGAGUCCACUGGCAUUCUCAUGGUGGUAAACUUCUCCUGGAGAUGAACAGAAUAUUAAGGCCUAAUGGAUAUUUCAUUUUGUCAAGUAAUAAUGACAAGAUUGAGGAUGAUGAAGCGAUGACUGCAUUGACAGCUUCUAUUUGUUGGAACAUUCUUGCACACAAGACCGAAGAAGCAAGUGAAAUGGGAGUGAGGAUAUAUCAGAAACCAGAAUCAAAUGAUAUUUAUGAACUGAGAAGGAAGAAAAAUCCACCUCUUUGCGAGGACAACGAAAACCCAGAUGCAGCCUGGUAUGUGCCGAUGAAAACUUGUAUAUAUGAAAUACCGUCGGCUAUAGAACAACAUGGAGCAGAGUGGCCUGAAGAAUGGCCAAAGCGACUUGAAACAUACCCUGAGUGGUUAACCAGCAAAGAGAAAGCUAUGGAAGAUACAAAUCAUUGGAAUGCUAUGGUAAACAAAUCUUACCUCACUGGAUUAGGCAUCGACUGGUUACAUAUCCGGAAUGUGAUGGACAUGACAGCUAUCUAUGGCGGGUAUGAAAAAAGGAGAGAUCAUUUAUACUCUUCUUAGAACAGAAUUUUGGUGAUUCUUACUGGUUUUGAAUUCUCACAAAAUAAUCAACAGAUUUGGGGCAUCACUUGUGAAGCAGAAUGUGUGGGUAAUGAAUGUAGUGCCUGUGCAUUCACCAGACACACUUCCAUUCAUAUACGAAAGAGGCCUCCUUGGUAUAUACCAUGAUUGGUGUGAACCAUUUGGAACAUAUCCAAGAUCUUAUGACCUUCUUCAUGCUGAUCAUCUCUUUUCGCGGCUCAAAAACAGGUGUAAGCAGCCGGCUUCGAUCGUGGUGGAGAUGGAUAGAUUGACAAGGCCUGGAGGUUGGGUGGUUGUGCGUGACAAAGUGGAGAUAUUAGAGCCAUUGGAAGAGAUAUUAAGAAGCUUGCAUUGGGAGAUUCGAAUGACUUAUGCUCAAGACAAAGAAGGAAUGUUAUGUGCCCAAAAGACUUUGUGGCGUCCAUGAUUCUUUUACUUUUUUUUUGUUACUGUCUAUCUAUAGUUCUGUACAUCAUCUAUCACAGAUUACAGUUAAUUAUUUGUAUACAUCUUUCAUCUACUUGUCUCUGUCUUGUUUGUGGUUGGAAAAAAGACAUGCAUUUAAAGGCUAGUUAAAUGCUCGUUAGAUCGGUCGUUAGAAAAAUAACUAAAUAUAAGUCAUCAGAAAAUAAUGCUUAGUCAUAUUUGUGUUCAUAUCAGCUUUUGUAAAAACAGAGCAUUUG